GAAGUCGAGGAGGCACAAUCGGAGGCAGAUCGGCGGACUAACUAUCACGCGGACCUCGUGUAGGUAUAAUGGUCGUGAGCAAUUUGUUGUGUGUACAUAAGUCGCCUAAAUAGUUAGGUAUUUUAGUUUGGUUGUUGGUUUGUUGUCAAGGAUACGCUACACACAUCGCGCGGUUACCGAAGUAACGCAAAAUACAAAACAGUUCCAAUCGGUACGUUCGCCUGUUCGCAACCUAGCAAGGAUAAUACCUGCUUUGGGUAGCCGUGCUCUGGAAAAAGGCCCGUAUGGUGGCGUGUGGUAUAUCGCGGUCUUUCCGAAUAGCAAGUGUUUGAACCCCCUCUCGGUCCUUCCGCUGCUUCCGGUAAGGUUCUUGGUGCCUGGGAAUAAAGUAGCCUAGAACCAAUUGCUGCUUGCCUCGCGUGGAAUUUGUUUGUUGAAUUAGUGGUGUGCAGUGGCAGGAGGUGGCUCCUCUCGGAAGUCGUCGCACCGCGUUUCUUGGAGGGGGAAAAGGACUCUUCCGAAAGGCUCAGCAGGACUCUUGAUACCAGCAGCAAGCAGAAGUAGUGUGAACUCCUACCUGUACUCACGAGUGAGCGAGCAAGCGAGGGUAGACUUUAAACCCCGGCGCUCAUGGCCAAUAAUCAUUUGAUUUUGUGAAUUACCAAGAUUUGGUUCGGAUUCCAGCUUUAAAGGAUAACGAGCGCUCACCGGAGCCACACACGCCACAGGACAAACGCCUCGGAUUAGAGGGCUCUACUAGUGCGUCGAAACAGACCUUGCUUGGUCGACCAGCAUUUGGCCAGCAGUAGUGCUUCUGCUAUUAUGGUGGACUCGCGUGUUCUCAAGAUCCUCCCUUCAGUUGUUCAGUUUUUUAUCCUUGGUUUUCCCAUAUCUGUGAACUAAAUCCAUCCAGUUAUCCCAAAAGUGAAAUUUCAUUUUUCCCUGUGUAAAAGUAUAUGUUAAAAAUUGGAUUUUGUUUUUCUGUUAAACAUUUUCCACGUGGUAACCAGUGAGUUGAAAACAUAAAAUUACCCCAAUCACCAACCAAAAAUCGCAUUCGUCGGUCGAGUUCUAUCGUCAAGUCAAGUUCUUCCAGCGAGCGGCAGAAGCCUCAUUGUCUGAAAUAAAUUUUCCGGUCACGGUGCUAUGGUUUCAUCCACCACCAUUCAAUGGCGCCACAAAACUCUACGCUAAUUCAUGGAACGAAUGCCGGAACGACCUCGGCGGCCGUCUCAGCCGGUGCCACCACCGAUGAGGAAUUGAGCAGUUACAGCCCGAUUUUGCCGGCCCGGGGAACCAGCUAUCGUCGCCAUCCGCCCCCGCCACCCUCGGUCACCGGCGAGUAUGGCACCGGAGGAAGCCGCCGUUUCCACCAGGACACCGGAAAGGGGGCGGUGAAACGCGAAACGAGAAAGAGUUACUAUCGCGAUUCGGCCAACGAUACGGAGGAGGAUGAUGAAGCGGUCAUCAGGGAUUACAUGGGAACCGGAAAGCAGGAGCAAGGAGCAGUUGGAACUGAUCGUCCAGUGGAUGGUGAUGAAACUAAGCUUGAAGGUGGCGUUCCGGAUGAGGAGGUAGAAAUCCCUAUCUGGAUCCGGGGUGAUCCACGUUUUGUUGCCGGUAUCAACGAUGCCACGACCUGUAACCACAUCAUACAAGCUCUGAUCGAAGAUGAACUGCAGAAUGGGAAAUACAGUAAAGCAGAUGCCGCAGUGUCGCGUGAUGUCAACGAUUACGUGAUAACGGAACGAUGGCGUGAGGUCGAACAAGUGCUCACUGGCGACACACGAAUCCUUUCGAUCUGGAACGCCUGGGGCGACGCCAAGAAUGAGGUGCAAUUUCGUCUGAAAAUAAACAAAGCCAACGGUGAUCAUGCCAAAUCAAGCAAGGAAACCAAAUCCAAAAAACACAAGGAAAAAAUUGGUCUCAUUAAUCGGAUGAUGAGGAAAGUGCUGAAACAGGGCGAAGCGAUCCAAAACCAUCUCACUAUGAUGAGUCAAAAAUCAGCCGAAAAGCGAAACCAGGAAAAGUUCCGUCGCUACGUCAAAAAAAACUGUGGAAAAACGGUUAUCAUGGAGAAUUUCCUCGAGGAUGCAACUACCCUGUAUGACAUAUCGAACCCCAGCGACGAGGGAAACCAGGACAACUGUCACUGCAAGAGCAAAUCCCGUCGAAACACUUUCCCCAGUAAACUAUUUUCAGCGAAGAAAACCAAAGAACCCAAGGUGCUUAAAACCAAAUUCUACGAAUCGUCGGACCAGUUGGAUGCGCUUAAGAAUGAAGAUGAACUGUUGCUGGUCAUUGAACACACCUCGGACAGUGAUAGUGGCAUUUUCACCAACAAUCAGUUGGGUCGUAAGAACACGUUGCCGAAAAAGCCAAGCUUUGGUUCCAUGGUCGAAAUAGAUAAAUUUACCAAAGAUCACCCGGCUGAGGAAAUGGCUUUGACCGAUAGUACCCCGAAGCGGAAGUUCCGCACCAAACGGCGCCAGGUCACUGCCAGGAAUCGCAACAUGAACCGUCGUAAGCUUAGUUACGAAGAUGACGAAGGUGAUGAUGACGAUGAGGAUGAUGAGGGGACAGGUGACGAUCUUACGCCACCCGUUGAUGACUUUGAGAACAUGAACAUCGAGUUGCGCAAGGGAACAUUCAAUCGUACAUCGUUCCGUUUCGAUCUGAUCCGCCAAGAAAUAUCAACCAAAAUGAAUGAAAUGCAACAGCUGCUGGAACAGGAAGAAGAUCUACUCCGCCGUCUAAAGAUGAAAAGUGCCAAAUUCCAGGCGGAGAACCAGAUCUACCGGUCCCACAUGGGACUGGACUUCCACGUUGACCGUCUGCAGGAAUCGAUCGAUACUUGCGCCAAGGAGAUCAUCGAAAUCGAACAGGAGCUGUUGCAAACUAAGGCCGAAAUCGAAGAGAAGUCCCCACUUAUCGAAAACCUUAGAACACUACUCGAAGAGCAGGAAGCUCGCCAGUACCGUGGCUAUUACUCAUCCUAUACCCCAUCUGGAUCCACGGCCGACAGCCUGAACGAGUUCUCUUCCACGAUCGGAGCAAUGGCCCUUCCCGGUGGCGGCAGUGGCACAACAGUAGGCUCUUCGAAACACAGCGUGGCUUCCGGCCGGCGGAACAAGGCCCGCGAAACCGAAUUUGUUGACAAUAUCCAUGAAUUUUGUGAUAAUAACCAGAGCUUUGUAGUCUAAAUGACAUAGAUUUUACGAGCUUGGAAAAAAAAUUAUUGUUAAGAAAAAAGAAACGAUACGUUUGCUAUACGGAUUAUAAUGCUCAAAUACUGUUCUUGUAUAUUGAAAAUUAUAUAUUUUAACUGUUGUUCUAUAUAUUUUGAUUGUGCAUAUCAAAUAAACGUUUACUUAUUCUAUAUCUAUUUCAAA